CCCCUGUGUAAGAGUGAGGUGGAGGAGGACAUUCCAGGAGAUGUCACCACAGAAAAUCCCAGUAUGAAUUCUGGGAAGGGAAACCUCAUGUUAUCACAGAAUUAUAAAGCAGAAGAUGAAGAUAUCAUGUUGCGCUCUUCAGGAGAAAAUCUCAUUACCCUUAAUGUAUAUCCACAACUUCACAGUACAGAUCUAUCACAUAAUCGACCUAUUCAUGAGGAGCCUUCUCCUGACCAGUCACAGUUUGUUACCACAAGUACAGGUCAAAACAGGGUUAAAAGGUUUCAACAUGUUGAAGAGUUACCAAAAAGAUCAAUUCUUUCUACAUACAGAAGAGUUCAUACAGGGGAGAAGCCAUACUCCUGUUCGGAAUGUGUGAAGUGCUUCAUAAAGAAAUCAAGUCUUGUUAACCAUAAAAGACUUCACACAGGUUGCAAGCUGUAUUCAUGUUCAAAAUGUGGGAAAUGCUUUACAAAUAAAUCAGAUCUUGUUGUACAUGAAAGAUAUCACACAGGACCGAGACCAUAUUCAUGUUCAGAAUGUGGGAAAUGUUUAAAAAAAAAAUCACAUCUUGUUAGACAUGAAAGAAUUCACACAGGAGAAAAGCCAUUUUCAUGUUCAGAAUGUGGAAAGUGUUUUACAGAUAAAUCAAAUCUUGUUAGACAUGAGAGAAGUCACACAGGAGAGAAGCGGUAUUCAUGUUCGGAAUGUGGGAAAUAUUUUACAGAUAAAUCGAGUCUUGUUUCCCAUGAGAGAAGUCACACAGGAGAGAAACCAUAUUCAUGUACAGAAUGUGGGAAGUGUUUUACAGAUAAAUCAAAUCUUGUUAUACAUGAGAGGAGUCACACAGGAAAUAAACCAUAUUCAUGUUCAGAAUGUUGGAAAUGUUUUACAGAGAAAUCAAGUCUGGUUAGACAUGAAAGAAUUCAUACAGGAGAAAAGCCGUAUUCAUGCUCAGAAUGCGGGAAAUGUUUUACACAAAAACCAAGUCUUGUUUCUCAUGAGAGAAGUCACACAGGAGAGAAGCCAUAUUCGUGUUCAGAAUGUGGAAAAUGUUUUAAAACUAAAUCAAAUCUUGUUACACAUGGGAGAAGCCACACGGGAGAGAAGCCAUAUUCAUGUUCAGAAUGUGGGAAAUGUUUUACAGAGAAAUCUAGUCUUGUGAGACACAAAAGAAGUCACACAGGAGAGAAGCCGUAUUCAUGUUCAGAAUGCGGGAAAUGUUUUAAAACUAAAGCAUAUCUUUUAACACAUGAGAGAAGUCAUACAGGAGAGAAACCAUAUUCAUGUUCUGAAUGUGGGAAAUAUUUUACAGACAAAUCAAGUCUUCUUAGACAUAAGAGAAUUCACACAGGAGAGAAGCCGUAUUCAUGUUCAAAAUGUGGAAAAUGCUUUACACAAAAAUCAAAUCUUGUUAAACACAGAAGAAUUCACUCAGGAGAGAAACCGUAUUCAUGUUUAGAAUGUGGGAAAUGUUUCGCACAAAAAUCAGAUCUUGUUAGACAUGAGAGACUUCACACAGGGGAGAAACCAUAUUCAUGUUCAGAAUGUGGGAAAUAUUUUACACAAAAAUCUGAUCUUGGCAAACACAAGAGAAGUCACACAGGAGAGAAGCCAUAUUCAUGUUCAGAAUGUGGGAAAUGUUUUACAUGGAAAUCAAAUCUUGUUGAACAUAAGAGGAAUCACACAGGAGAGAAACGGUACUCAUGUUCAGAAUGUGGGAAACUUUUUACACAUAAAUCAUGUCUUGUUACACAUAAGAGAAAUCACACAGGAGAGAAGCCAUAUUCAUGUUCAGAAUGUGAGAAAUCUUUUGUAGAUAAAUCAGGUCUUGUUAAACAUAAGAGAAGUCACAAAGGAGAGAAGCCAUAUUCAUGUUCAGAAUGUGGGAAAUGUUUUACACAAAAAUCAAAUCUUGGUAAACACAAGAGAAUUCACACAGGGGAGAAGCCAUUUUCAUGUUCAGAAUGUGGCAAAUGUUUUACACAGAAAGCAAGUCUUGUUGAACAUGAGAGAAUUCACACAGGAGAGAAGCCAUUUUCAUGUUCAGAAUGUGACAAAUGUUUUACACAGAAAGCAAGUCUUGUUGAACAUAAGAGAAUUCACACAGGGGAGAAGCCAUUUUCAUGUUCAGAAUGUGACAAAUGUUUUACACAGAAAGCAAGUCUUGUUGAGCAUAAGAGAAUUCACACAGGGGAGAAACCAUUUUCAUGUUUAGAAUGUGGCAAAUGGUUUAAACAGAAAUCACGUCUUGUUGGACAUGAGAGAAUUCACACAGGGGAGAAACCAUAUUCAUGUUCAGAAUGUGGGAAACGUUUUACAGAUAAAUCAUAUCUUGUUACACAUGAGAGAAUUCACACAGGGGAGAAACCAUAUUCUUGUUCAGAAUGUGGGAAAUGUUUUUCAUCGAAACAAAGUCUUUUUAGCCAUAAGAGAACUCAUGUAGGAGAGAUGCUGUAUUCAUGUUCAGAAUGUGGGAAAUGUUUUAAGCAAAAAUCAUGUCUUUCUACACACAGAAGAAUUCACCCAGGAGAGAAACCGUAUUCAUGUUCAGAAUGUGGGAAAUGUUUUACACAAAAAUCUGAUCUUUUUACACAUGCAAGAAUUCACACAGGGGAGAAACUAUAUUCAUGUUCAGAAUGUGGCAAAUGUUUUACAGAUAAAUCAACUCUUGUUAGACAUGAGAGACUUCACACAGGGGAGAAACCAUAUUCAUGUUCAAAAUGUGGGAAAUGUUUUACACAAAAAUCAGAUCUUGGUAAACACAAGAGAAGUCACACAGGAGAGAAGGCAUAUUCAUGUUCAGAAUGUGGGAAAUGUUUUACACGGAAAUCAAAUCUUGUUGAACAUAAGAGAAAUCACACAGGAGAGAAACCGUACUCAUGUUCAGAAUGCGGGAAACUUUUUACACAUAAAUCAUGUCUUGUUACACAUAAGAGAAGUCACACAGGAGAGAAGCCAUAUUCAUGUUCAGAAUGUGAGAAAUCUUUUGUAGAUAAAUCAGGUCUUGUUAAACAUAAUAGAAGUCACAAAGGAGAGAAGCCAUAUUCAUGUUCAGAAUGUGGGAAAUGUUUUACACAAAAAUCAGAUCUUGGUAAACACAAGAGAAGUCACACAGGAGAGAAGCCAUAUUCAUGUUCAGAAUGUGGGAAAUGUUUUACACGUAAAUCAAAUCUUGUUGAACAUAAGAGAAUUCACACAGGGGAGAAGCCAUUUUCAUGUUCAGAAUGUGGCAAAUGUUUUACACAGAAAGCAAGUCUUGUUGAACAUAAGAGAAUUCACACAGGGGAGAAGCCAUUUUCAUGUUCAGAAUGUGACAAAUGUUUUACACAGAAAGCAAGUCUUGUUGAACAUAAGAGAAUUCACACAGGGGAGAAACCAUUUUCAUGUUCAGAAUGUGGAAAAUGGUUUAAACAGAAAUCACGUCUUGUUAGACAUGAGAGAAUUCACACAGGGGAGAAACCAUAUUCAUGUUCAGAAUGUGGGAAAUGUUUUACAGAUAAAUCAUAUCUUGUUACACAUGAGAGAAUUCACACAGGGGAGAAACCAUAUUCUUGUUCAGAAUGUGGGAAAUGUUUUAAAAAAAAAUCACAUCUUGUUAGACAUGAAAUAAUUCACACAGGAGAAAAGCCAUUUACAUGUUCAGAAUGUGGAAAAUGUUUUACAGAUAAAUCAAAUCUUGUUAGACAUGAGAGAAGUCACACAGGAGAGAAGCGGUAUUCAUGCUCAGAAUGUGGGAAAGAUUUUACAGAUAAAUCGAGUCUUGUUUCCCAUGAGAGAAGUCACACAGGAGAGAAUCCAUAUUCAUGUAGAGAAUGUGGGAAGUGUUUUACAGAUAAAUCAAAUCUUGUUAUACAUGAGAGGAGUCACACGAGAGAGAAACCGUAUUCAUGUUCAGAAUGUGGGAAAUGUUUUAAAACUAAAGCAUAUCUCUUAAUACAUGAGAAAAGUCAUACAGGAGAGAAACCAUAUUCAUGCUCAGAAUGUGGGACAAAUUUUACAGACAAAUCAAGUCUUCUUAGACAUAAGAGAAUUCACACAGGAGCGAAGCCAUAUUCAUGUUCAAAAUGUGGAAAAUGUUUUACACAGAAAUCAAAUCUUGUUAAACAUCAGAAAUGUCACACUGGAUAAAAGUAGAGAUGAGUACAUGUCUUGAAAUAUGUUUUGGGUCGGAUUCAAAUAAAUAAGUCAAUAAACAGACUGUUUAAAGGGAAUCUUUCACUAACUUUUUACUAAUAAAAUUAACUGUAAUGGCCAGCUUUACAUUGUAAAACAAUUCCGAUCAUAAAUGUUUGUCACCAGGGUGUGCACUGAAUUUAUCCAUACCUCCCUAGUCUCCCUCUCCUCUUAUGUUAUGGUGCUUCAAUACCAAAUCUGCACAGAACAUAUCCCCAAGGCAACAGCCCGCAAAAAGGAAUGUAGCGUGGCUUGUUUCGAUCAAGCAUUCUCCCUAUUUUUUGGAGCAGCAGCAGUAUAGUAUGGAACCUGACAGAUAAGGCAGGAGAUGUGCAGCUGUGUAAAGAUAGUAGAAAAGGCAGCGGGGGCAGUAGUAGCUGCAAGGCCAACAGUAUAGUAUGGAACCUGAGAGACAGGAGAGGAGAUUUGUGGCUGUGUAGAGGUAGUAGAAAUGGCAGCAGGGGCAGUAGUAGCUGCAAUGUCAGCAAUACAGUAUGAAAC